AUGGACGAACUGAGAGCGACUGUCAGGGAGCGCAUGCUGCUUCCUCCAGGACUACCAAACCCGAAUCCAACAAAAGCAGCUUGGCAAGAUCCUCCUCAUCCAACUGUGGCAGAUGAACAAUCACCAAUCCUACCGGAAACUGCGGACAUUAUCGUAAUUGGGUCAGGCAUCACAGGCUGCGCUGUUUCUCAUACCCUCUUGAGCGACCAGUCCGUUCCAAACCUUAGAGUCACUGUUUUGGAAGCACGGCAGACUUGCAGCGGCGCAACGGGUCGCAACGGAGGGCAUUUGAUCUCAGAUUGUUCAUCACUGGUUCCGAGAUUGGUCCCGGAACUGGGAGAGGCAGAGGCUUUAAAGAUUGCGAAAUUCAGCGAAGCAAACAUCUUGCGUCUGAAAAAUCUGAUCUCUGAGCUGGGAGAGACGGAUCGUGCAUCUGUGGAACUGAGAGAUGUGGUUGGCAGUGCUGUGUUUGAAGAUACAGACAUGUUUUCUGAAGCUCAAGCUGGUCUUGGAGCACUGCACCAAGUUUGUCCAGAGAGCUCGAUUAUGCAUAAAGUUAUACCGACGUCGGAUGCAUAUGAGAAAUAUCGCUACGGAUGCAAAGUCGCUGGUGCUGUGGAACAGCGAGGCGCUGCCGCGUUAUGGCCCUACAAAUUCAUCACAUCAUUAUUUCGAAAGAUGCUGCACGAGUAUCCUGAAAGAUUCACACUCGAAACAUCUACUGCCGCCAAAUCUAUAGACUAUACAAACGGAGAACCAUUUCCCUACCACAUCACCACAAGUAGGGGAGUGAUUCGGGCCAAUAAAGUCAUUCACUGUACCAAUGGAUUUGCAGGACAUCUGCUUCCUAACCUCAUAGGAACAAUCUACCCGUCUCGAGGAACAAUGUCUUCUCAAAAACCCGGCCCGUCAUUUCCAAAUCUGGGUGGCGAGGCAUCGUGGACGCAUUUCUCAAGGGCUAGCUAUGAUUCUAAAACGGGCGUAUUUGGCACUGGACUAUAUUAUGCACAGCAAAACGAACAGACUGGUGACAUAUUCAUUGGAGGUGAGCGGCAGCGAGUUGCCGAUUUACUCUCCAGUGACGAUUCCAUCGUGGCAAGCGAGGCACGGGACAACCUGUGUGCAAUUCUGCCAAAGAUUUUUCGGGUGGUAGAGCCCGUCGGCGAGCAAAGAGUUUGGUCAGGUAUCAUGGGCUUCACGUCUGAUGGGUUACCUUUAGUGGGUAAGCUGCCGUCCGAAAUUACACGCCGUGAUGGUGAUGGAGAGUGGAUUGCAGCAGGAUUCAACGGCCAUGGCAUGGACAAGUGCUGGCUCACAGGGGAAGCGGUGGCUCGAAUGGUAUUAGGCAAGGAGUCGUCUGAGUUCCCUGACGCUUUUCUUCUCAGAAGCGAGAGGCUUGAUAGAUGUGGUGCGGAUCAGAGUGCGGAUGGGUUCAUGAGUAUGCUGGGGCCUUGA